AUGGAUGUGACCGACAUAGAACCGCAGCUUGAGCGUCUCGAUGGUGAGAUCGAUGACCUCGAAGACGCUCUCGAGCCUCUUCUUGCAAGUCUCCCCGAGGUAGCUUCCAAGCUGCCUUUGCUCGACAAAUCCAAGCUCUAUGUUCUGGUCGCAUACGCGUUGGAGUCCAUGAUAUUUUCUUCCCUGCGAUUGAACGGCGUGAACGCCAAGGAGCACCCCAUCUUCAAGGAGCUGACACGCGUGCGGCAAUACUUUGAGAAGAUCAAGAACAUUGAGAACCCUCCCCCGAAACCCGACCAGUCCUUGAACAAGGAGGCCGCUAUCCGUUUCAUCAGGGCAGAUCUUGCCGACAACAAGGAGGUCAACACGAAGCUAUCUGAGAUGAUCGCCAAGGAGCGCGCCAAGGCCGCAAUCAAAGCUGCUCAACUCGGCCAGAAGCGUAAGGCUGAGACCGACCCCGAAGAAAAAGCCACCGCACAGGAAUCAUCAGACAGCUCCGAGCGACAAGCCGAACCUGUACCAGAGGCAAAGCCGAAGAAAGCGAAGAAUACAAAGGAGGAGAGAACGAAGAAGGGCAAGAAAGCCAAGAAGGACAAGAAGAGUUCCAAGUGA